AGUUCUGGAUCGUUUACCUCUGGGCCCCUCACUGCAGCAAUGGGGAAAUGUACAUACUUACUGCUCUUUGCUUGGUUGUUGCAGAAUAAUCUGGCUGUAGCCCUGGUGCCAUUGUUGGCGAGCUCUAAUAUCUGCAAGUUUAACCCCACCCAGACUACCAUUGCUUUGGAAAAGCCCUACUGCUUCUACAUCAGCCCAACAUCAGUGACUGCAUAUCUGUACGUGGUCAGGAACGAUGCCACAAACACCAAUCUCUCUCCUAUCAACUCGUUUGACGCAACAAAAGGUGGAGCCACAGCACCCUAUGUGGCUGCUAUUUUUAGCAAUCCCAAUUGCACCAAUCCUCCCACUACAUCCCAGAUCUAUGACCUCUCCCAGGUGCAGUCAACUCUGAAUAACUAUGUCGUUAGAGUGGGGAAUGAUGACAACUGCUUCAAUAUGAAUACUUGCAACAAACCUCUUCAAAGUAACACCGCAUACAGGUUUAUCUACGCAUUUUACGAUUCAACUCCGAGUUUAGUGUUUCGGUCUGAUUGGUCACCACCAAUUUACACAAAGCAAGGUAAAGAUUCUGGAAGCAUUGACACAUGGCCUGGAAGAAGGAGCGGUGGUAUGAUCGUCAUCACCUCCAUCCUCAGUGUGCUGACUUUCUUUGUCCUAGCAGGUCUUGUGGCAGCUAUUAUCACCAACCUUAUGACUCCAUCAGUCAAUAUGGAGCCCAGCCAACAUGAAAGUCGGACCUCUCACACUGUGCCUCACAAAACGGGAGAUGUCGAGUAUGCCACAGCCCUCGACCCCUCGGAACGUUACGUCAACCCACAAGCCUGAGUAUUCCUUUUAUUG